UUCACGGCUUGGUGCAACUCCCACCUGCGGAAGGCCGGCACGCAGAUAGAGAACAUCGACGAGGAUUUCCGCGACGGCCUCAAGCUCAUGCUGCUUCUGGAGGUGAUUUCAGGGGAGCGAUUGCCAAAACCGGAGCGGGGAAAAAUGAGAGUGCAUAAGAUCAACAACGUGAACAAAGCCCUCGAUUUCAUCGCCAGCAAAGGCGUCAAGCUGGUCUCUAUAGGAGCUGAAGAGAUCGUCGAUGGCAACGCGAAGAUGACGCUGGGCAUGAUCUGGACCAUUAUCCUCAGAUUUGCCAUUCAGGACAUCUCGGUGGAAGAGACCUCGGCGAAGGAGGGCUUGCUGCUGUGGUGUCAGAGGAAGACGGCUCCCUAUAAGAACGUCAACGUGCAGAACUUCCACAUCAGCUGGAAAGACGGUCUUGCUUUUAAUGCCUUGAUCCACAGACACAGACCGGAGCUCAUCGAGUACGACAAGCUCAGAAAGGAUGACCCCGUGACGAACCUGAACAACGCCUUCGAGGUGGCGGAGAAGUACCUGGACAUCCCCAAGAUGCUGGAUGCAGAGGACAUUGUCAACACAGCUCGCCCCGACGAGAAAGCCAUCAUGACCUAUGUGUCGAGCUUCUACCAUGCCUUUUCUGGGGCUCAGAAGGCCGAGACCGCGGCGAACCGCAUCUGCAAAGUGCUGGCCGUCAACCAGGAGAAUGAGCACCUGAUGGAAGACUACGAGAAGCUCGCCUCCGACCUGCUGGAGUGGAUCAAGCGCACCAUCCCUUGGCUGGAGGACCGCAGCCCGCAGAAGACCAUACAGGAGAUGCAGCAGAAGCUGGAAGAUUUCCGUGACUACCGGCGCGUCCACAAGCCCCCCAAAGUGCAGGAGAAAUGCCAGCUGGAGAUCAACUUCAACACCCUGCAGACAAAGCUCCGGCUGAGCAACAGACCUGCUUUCAUGCCCUCCGAGGGGAAGAUGGUCUCGGACAUCAAUAACGGCUGGCAGCACUUGGAGCAAGCCGAGAAGGGCUACGAGGAAUGGCUGCUGAACGAGAUCAGGCGGCUGGAGCGGCUCGACCACCUGGCUGAGAAGUUCAGGCAGAAGGCGUCCAUCCACGAGGCCUGGACCGAAGGCAAGGAGGCCAUGCUGAAGCAGAAGGACUACGAAACCGCCACGCUGUCAGACAUCAAAGCCCUCAUCAGGAAGCACGAAGCCUUCGAGAGCGACCUGGCGGCGCACCAGGACCGCGUGGAGCAGAUCGCGGCUAUCGCGCAGGAGCUCAACGAGCUGGAUUACUACGACUCGCCCAGCGUGAACGCUCGGUGCCAGAAGAUCUGCGACCAGUGGGAUGUGCUGGGUUCCUUGACCCACAGCAGGAGAGAGGCCCUCGAGAAAACGGAGAAGCAGCUGGAAACGAUCGACGAGCUGCACCUGGAGUACGCGAAGAGGGCGGCCCCCUUCAACAACUGGAUGGAGAGCGCCAUGGAAGACCUUCAGGACAUGUUCAUCGUCCACACCAUCGAGGAGAUCGAGGGACUCAUCGCUGCUCACGACCAGUUCAAGUCCACCCUGCCCGACGCCGACAAGGAGCGCGAGGCCAUCCUGGGCAUCCAGAGGGAAGCGCAGCGGAUCGCGGACUUCAACAGCAUCAAGCUCUCUGGGAACAACCCCUACACCUCUGUCACCCCGCAGAUCAUCAACUCCAAGUGGGAACGGGUCCAGCAGCUGGUGCCGAAGAGGGACCAUGCCUUGCUCGACGAGCAGAGCAAGCAGCAAUCCAACGAACAUUUACGUCGGCAGUUCGCCAGCCAGGCCAACAUCGUGGGGCCCUGGAUCCAGACCAAGAUGGAGGAGAUCGGGCGCAUCUCCAUCGAGAUGAACGGCACGCUGGAGGACCAGCUCAACCACCUCAAGCAAUACGAGCAGAGCAUCGUGGACUACAAACCCAACAUCGACCUGCUGGAGCAGCAGCACCAGCUCAUCCAGGAGGCGCUGAUCUUCGACAACAAGCACACCAACUACACCAUGGAGCACAUCCGCGUGGGCUGGGAGCAGCUCCUCACCACCAUCGCCCGCACCAUCAACGAGGUGGAGAACCAGAUCCUCACCCGCGACGCCAAGGGCAUCAGCCAGGAGCAGAUGCAGGAGUUCAGGGCCUCCUUCAACCACUUCGACAAGGACCACGGCGGUGCCCUGGGACCGGAGGAGUUCAAAGCCUGCCUCAUCAGCUUGGGAUACGAUGUGGAGAAUGACCGACAGGGCGACGCCGAAUUCAACCGGAUAAUGAGCGUGGUCGAUCCCAACAACAGCGGGAUCGUCACCUUCCAAGCCUUUAUCGACUUCAUGUCCCGGGAGACCACCGACACGGACACGGCUGACCAAGUCAUCGCCUCCUUCAAAGUCCUGGCCGGGGACAAGAACUACAUCACGGCCGAGGAGCUGCGGCGGGAGCUGCCCCCCGACCAGGCCGAGUACUGCAUCGCCCGCAUGGCCCCUUACCAGGGCCCCGACGCCGUCCCCGGAGCCCUGGACUACAAGUCCUUCUCCACGGCGCUCUACGGCGAGAGCGACCUCUGAGCCCCGCGGCGGCGGCGGCGGCGGCGGCACCAAGCGCUGGCGCUUCCCGGCAGGAGCCAAGCCCCC